CUUCUAAAGAUAGCUUUUCACGGGAGCAAAAUCUAAAUGAAACAGAAUUGAAAAACAAAGAUAACAGAGAGAUAUGGGAGAUGAUUCCAUGGAGGUCUGAAUAGCUUGAGCCCUCUGUGAUUGCUGUCACUAAUUGCAGGGAGUCCGAUUCAAACACCAAGUUCUUCAUCUCAAGGGAGAUUGCAUGUUCCAUAGCUGAGCGUAUUGCUAGUCCCUCCGCCACAAGAGACGAGAUCACAAACGCGUAAGGGGUACUGUGAGAGACGAACCUCUCAUUCUGAUUACGGGAGAAGCUCCAGGCCAGACCAGCCGUGGAUUGUUCCUUCUUCCAAGCUGCAUCUGAUUUGCAGAUGAUCCAAUCAACUGGGUCUCGGGGAGAAGACCAGAUGACCCAGGUCGCGAGGGGGGUUUGCCACAGCCCGAUUGGUGGGAGCGUGGUGUUGGCUAGUAGCCUUUUCCAUCCAGAGUCGAAGUCAGUCGUUGCUAGCGGGUCAAACGGCUCUGAGAAAGCAGGCCCCAUAGGACAUUCCCUAGCUGAAGACGACAACCAAGGAUCUUGCCAUACAAAUACAUCUUUCCCAUCUCCAAUUGCCCAUCCAAGGUGUGCCUUGAUAAGGUCCCUUCCGAUGAGAAUUCCACGCCAUCCAUGGGAGCAGCUAGCCGGUGGUGAGACAUCUAGAAAGUUCUGCUCAUGAAAAUACUUACCAGCUAGGACCCGAGAGAGUAGGCAGUCUGGUUCUGUUAUCAAACGCCAGCUUAUUUUUGCUAGUAGGGCAUCGUGGUUACAACCAGAUUUUCAUGAACAAUUACAGUG